ACGGCGCUGAAGCGACGAGGAAGCAGGGAAGCCUUCAAAGACAAAAAACCCACAAGUCAGGAGGACAGCGCAGACCUCCGGUGCCAGCUCCAGUUCUCCAAAGAGGAGUCCGGCCUGAUGAGGAAGAAGAUGGCGAAGCUGGGUCGAGAGAAGGACGAGCUCGAGCAGGAGCUGCAGAAGUACAAAUCCAUCUACGGGGAUAUCGACAGCCCGCUGCCCCUGGCGGAGUGCUCGGGCGGGGGCCCUCACACCACGCGGGAGGCCGAGCUGCGCCUCCGCCUGAAGCUGGUGGAGGAGGAGGCCAACAUCCUGGGGAGGAAGAUCGUGGAGCUGGAGGUGGAGAACCGCAGCUUGCGGGCAGAAAACGAAGACAUCCGCAGUCAGUACGAGAGGGACUGCUUCGGGCGGGAGCCGUUCUCCAGCAUGCCCUCGUCCCCGUAUGGCGGCGAUCCGCUGGAGUCAGCCAAUGAGCUGCGUCGCCACCUCCAGUUCGUCGAGGAGGAGGCGGAGCUUCUGCGCCGAUCCAUCUCGGAGAUCGAGGACCACAACAGGCAGCUGACGUCUGAACUCAACCGCUUCAAGUUCGGCCCGAGCAGCAGCAGCUCUGGACCUGCUGGGGACGAGGCCAGUGAGGGGGUCCUCUUCAAGUCCGGUAACGGCAGCGGGAUGCUGGGGGAGGAGCUAAAGUCGGCCAGGAUGCAGAUCAACGAGCUGAGCGGAAAGGUGAUGAAGCUGCAGUACGAGAACCGCGUCCUCAUGUCCAACGUCCAGCGCUGCGACCUGGCCGCGCACCUCGGCCUUCGCACCGGCAGCCCUCGAGACAGCGACGCGGAGAGCGACGCGGGCCGCAGGGAGGCCGCCGAGGAGGAGGAGGCGGGGCGACUUCUUCUCCUGCAGCCGAAACGCGAGGGCCCCGUCGGAGGGGAGAGCGACUCCGAAGACGUGUUUGAGAAAACGGGAACCACCUCAGGGUUAGGGAGCAUGAAACCCGCCGACGGCAGCGACCUGAGCGCCGUCGAAGCAGCCAGCCGCAGGAGGGAAGAGCGCGAGUCCUUCGCCAACGUGAAGCGAGAGGCCGACCGGCUGGGGAAGUCCGUGGACCGUCUGAUCACAGACACAGAUAGCCUGAUCUUUGAAGGACAGCUGCUGGUGACGACAGGGGAGGACCUUGAGGGCGGCGUGGCCUCCGGGUCCAAACCAGACUCUCAGGUCCUGGACACAGUCAACACCCGCAUGAAGGCUUUCCGCACUGAGCUGCACAUCUUCAUGGAGAAACUGGACCACRUAGGGGAGGGGCUUAGAGAAAGGACAGACGACCUCUCGCCCAUGCCGAACCUCACAGAGUCCAGCAGCUUCCUGUCCACCGUCACCUCCAUGUCCCGCGACUCUCCCAUYGGCACCUUCGGACGAGACCUGAUCACGGACUUCCAGUCCGUUCAGAGGGAUGAGCUGGAGUGGCGACUAGGACAGGAGCGAGGUGUGGAGCCCCAGACCCAGAGACUCACUGUGUACCACAGGCCCCUGGCUUUAAGAAUAGAGCAUCGAGACCCGGCUGGUUCUGACGUGCAGGUCUGUCCGGAUCACGAGCGAAGAGGCAGAGCUGCAGCAGAGGAGCCUCAGCAGCAGGAGGACGAAGGUCUGGAGCUUCAGGGCCUUCAGGGUCUCGAGGUGCCCUGGUCUCAGGAGAGGGCCGCCCUGCAGCAGGAGGUGCGCCUGUUCCGACGCAACACCAUCAUCUUCUACAUGAAGCUCAGGGGGAUCCUGCUGCGCUGGAGGCUCGGCCGCAGGGACGACUCGGGAGACGAGACGUUUCCWCCGGAGCUGGAGAGGUUGGAGGUCUUCCCGGAGCUGGGAGCGCCGCCGGAGCGAGACGACCGGCUCCGGUUACCACCGACCGCAGGGGACGCCCCCGACAGUGGACCGAGCGUCCCUCUGCUGUCCCCUGAUCGGCCCCUGCAGCAGCAGAGACAGUUCGGGGAGAACCGGCGGGUGCUGCAGGCCCUGCGGGCGCUCCUGGAGGAGUUCCGAGAGGAGCUGCGGGAGGAGGAGUCGAGGCGGUGCCAGCUGCAGCAGGCGUACGCCAGCGACAAAGCUGCCUGGGAGGUCAAGUGGACGGAGAUGAAGUGCCGGGUCGCCCAGAUGCAAAGGGAGCUGUGUACCAGAGACCCGGUCAACAGGGGGUUCUUCUCAGGCCAGGACGGUCCGUGUAACGCCCCCCACUCCCCCUCUGCGUCCGCCCCGAUGCCCCCCACUCGCUCCCACUCGGACUCGGAGGCCCUGCUGGAGGAGCGGGGGGCCGUGGCGAGGCUGAAGGGCUCGACGGAGAACCUGUUCCUGGACGCGCUGUCUCUGGACCCCCUGGGUGGUCUGGAGGUCCCGCCGCCCUCUAAGCUCGAGAGCGAGAAGAGGUUCCCCUGCAUGACGGAGGCCCUGAACGAGAUCUCAGAGACUGAAGGUGCUCCUGACCUUGCAGAGGAGGACCUGAGGGAGGGAGGAAGUCUCCUCAGAGCCAAGUCCGUUUGCUCCAUGAGCGACUUCCAGCGGCUGAUGGACAGCUCGCCGUUCCUCCCCGACAAGACGCGGCUGGGCGACCGCGGCCGGGACGACGUCACCCCGCCUCUGUCCCCGGACGACCUGAAGUACAUCGAGGAGUUCAACAACAAGGGCUGGGACUUCCCGCCGCCCGCCUCUGGUCCACGGCCCAUCCGGGAAGGGGAACCGGGCCCCGAUCCUUUCCAGCCUGCUUCCUGGUUCCUGACCACCAGCGCCACCCUGACCACCAGCACCUUGAGCAGCCCCGAGCGCUGCCACAGGUCCCCGCUCAGGGGUAAUGGAGGGGUGGGAGGGGUGGAGCACUUCGGGGUCCACAUCCUCCACAGCCCCACCAGAGCCGGGGCGGCGGAGCAUCCCUCUGCUCCAGAACCGGACUUGUUGUACUCCAAGGGGGCCCACGCCAGAAGCGGAGGAGAGGCUGGGAUGGGUCCGAGUGGUCCGGACGAGGUGUUCAGCGGUACGAGGUGGCCCUGCCUCCUGGAGGGCGGGGGGCUCAGGACUUCUCCUAACCAGUCCCCCAUCUGCUCCACGGUGGGCUACGCCUCCUCCCUGGAGCUGCAGCUCCACAGGAACAUGAGCGACGACAUGAAGGAGGUAGCCAUCUCUGUGAGGAACGCCAUCCGGUCGCCGCCGGGCCCGGCGGUCCGCGACACCGCCUGCCAGACCAACGGGUUCACCACCCGAGGCACCCAGACCACCCAGACCAUCAGCGUGGGUCUACAGACAGACCUGCUGCGGACCCUGACCGGCAGCCCCCACCGCUGCCUCACCCCUAAAGGGGGCAACACGCCCGUGUCGUCUCCGUCCCGCAGCCAGMGGAAAGUCCCGUACUCUCCGGUGGUCCAGAGCAAGUUCGAGCGUCCCUGCUGCUCUCCAAAGUACGGCUCCCCGAAGCUGCAGCGCAAACCGUCCGCCACCAGCAAACCCGAGGCCCCCAACACCAGCCGCGCCCCGACCCCCACCACGCCUCAGAAGGGCAACAGCGAGUCGGCCUGGGCCCGGUCCACCACCACCCGGGACAGCCCGGUCCACACCACCAUCACCGACGGCCUCUCCAGCCUCUUCAACAUCAUCGACCACACRCCGGUGGUCUAUGACAAGUUCAACAAGUCCCCCAGCCGCUCGCGCCCCACGCCGCCCCCCACCGCCGAGCCCAGCCCCGCCCACCAGGCGAGCCUUGCCGCCGACCCCGGAGCAUCGCAGGACGGGCCGCGGACCGCCCGGGGCCGCUCGCCGAGCCCCGCGCGGCUGACCGUGGAGGUGCAGGGGGACAGGAACCCCGAGGCGGCGAGCGUCCGCCAGGACCUGUCGGCGCCGCCGGGCUACACGCUGGCCGAGAACGCCGCCCGCAUCCUGAACAAGAAGCUGCAGGAGCAGAGCUGCAGGGAGGAGCGGCGGCUGCAGGCCGGAGGGCCCAGCAGAGACGGCGGCAGGCCGGCCGAYACCGACAGAGGACAGACGGGAUGUAUGGAGAACCACACUGUCAUACUAACAACACCUUGGGGGCUCUAACUCUGCUUGUCUCCAUGAUGUAAGUUCCUCUUCCUCCUCUUCSUUCAUGGCCGUCGGCGGUGGGUUCACCCGGGCUGGCGGACCUGUCACCUCACGCCCUGCAGACCUCCUCCUCACCUCCCCUCACCUCCUCUUCAUUAACGCAUGCUCCACAGGUCAGCAGGGUGUGUGAAGCAAUCGACGUGGUGUCAAAAGUUGUGCAUCGAUUCCUUUGUGUUGAUUUGUGCAUGCUCUGUGUUUUAGAUUGAUCAUCUGUUUAGUUCUGAAGGACCAUACUGGUGGUUUUGCAUGUUGUCCAUUUAACAUCAGUCACGUCUACUUCCUGUAACACAAUGUCAUGCAUUUUUUUAGAAAUUAAAUUUUACUGACUUUU